UAGUUAGGUUACCACUCGGUCAAGGUUCCCCAACUGGCUUCCUGCGGGUGGUUUUAUUUGCCCCCCAAACAAAAAAAACAAAAAAAUUGUUUUCAUUGUUGGACAUAAGACUUAAAACACCAGGAAAUCAACUUCAAUUCAUUUUAAUUCAAAUAAGCUGUUCCGGUGAAAUUGACGAGUGAGACAAAUUGCUUUGUGAACAUGCAUAUUGACUUAAUGCAAAUGGACACGUCGACUUGUGUGUGACUGUCUAUUACUGUCAGUACUCUGUAUGUUCAUAGAAGACAACUGGGAACUCGUAAAAAUACGAACUCAGACUGGGAGAAAUCAUUUGUAAAGGUCGUUCAACUUGGAAUUCCAAGUCGGAAACUCGGAACAUCUUUCGAAAGCUCUGACUUUCCGACCUGAAGAUCAAAUCAAAUAUUAUUUGUCACGUGCGCCGAAUACAACAGGUGUAGUAGACCUUACAGUGAAAUGCUUAUUUACAGGCUCUCUAACCAAUACUGCAAAAAAGUAUUAUGUGAACAAUAGAUCAAUUGCAGACUACUUCUCUACGAAAAGCAUUACUGGUGGAUGUAAGAUCUUGAGAACUGAUGAAACAACACUGAACUUGUUAUGAGACUAUAUCCACACACACACACACUGAAAUAUUGUAGUUAAACCCAAGUGAUUUGACUCCAUACACAGAUGACUGUGGCACCUGCUGCUUUGUGUGACUGCCUUAGGAGCUGCCCCAUGCUAAUGUAAAGGAGUGAGAUCGUACUUAUAUAGAAGGAUGAGUAGCCUUAGGCAGUACUUCACCAAUGCGGUCAAAGACGUCAUCCCUUUGGGGUCUCCUCGUCCUGAACCCUCACCGGCCCUCUCCUCCAUCCAGGAGGCCGAGAUGAAACCCUCUCAGCCCCCCGGACACCUGUCCAACCCCAACACUUACCCCAUGCCCAAACACAGGGCGAAGCCCGCUCCUGGCCUGCCUCCUCCCCCUCCCCACCUGCCAGGGGUACACCACCGAGCCUCCCGGGUUGGAGUUGGGGGUGAAGCCAAGGAUGGCCCGGCCAACUUUACAAACACCCUAAUCAGGAAAACCCAGCAUUCCCACAGCCCUGUGACCCCUGACCCCUAUAGGGGCAAGAACUUUAACACUUGGGGUGGUAUGGGAAGGGACAACCCACUGUCGCCCUCCUCCCUUCCCCCAUGCAGAGUCAGUGCCCCCAAGAGUCGUGGUUCCCUGGACCACAGAGGAACCACUCCCUCUAACAAGCAGUUUACUCCAGGAGGCACCAGAUCCAUGUCUCUGAAGAGACUCAGACACCCAGACUUGGAGGAGAGAAACAGAGGAAGAGGAGAGGACAUAGCUAAUAAGAGACUUCAUCCAGAGGACUAUAUCCCAGACCCUAUCAGUACCUGUUGCCCACCCGAUGGAACAGCCAGUUCUAAAAUGUCCACAAGCCCCAACCCAUCCUACCUGAAGAAAGUCUUCAUGAAGAACAAUCUGAGCUCAUGUCCUACUCUAAGGUUGAAGGAGAGUCUCACCCCUAAGAAGACCGAGGAAGGGAUGGAGGGAAACAGGAGUACUUUCCCAACCUAUCCACUCUCCACACCCAAACCUGCGAGGAAGCGUUGCACCGGCCAUGGAAAGACACCAUGCUGCAAUAAUGUGAGGGAGAACAGCAACCCUCAGGCCAGAUACAGGGGAAUGAAUCACCAAUCUGGCAACCCAGCCAACCUGCCAGUCACAAUCCUUAGUAGAGGAGAGUGUAGGAGAGCUAAAGAGACCAGAGAGCGAGAGAGGGGAGGAAGAGAACCGACAGUUCGCCCCGACGGGAGAACCCCCAAACCCGACUCAAAAUCUCAGAGCUCGGACUCGAGCUGCCCUAGUUCUCGGUGCCAUCACACAUUGGAAAAGAAGCGACACGUCUCUCGCCCACGGAGAACGUCUGCCUUGCCGGAUGACCUGAAUGACCUUUUCACCCCUGACCCCAUAACCUCUAGCCUGUCUAGAGCAGCGAUGACCUUUUCUCCCAGUCCCCAGAGAGGAGACAGGUCGCCCUCUGUGCACAACAAGGUUCCUCUGCCUGUUGUGUUGGCUACUGUCAGUGAUGCUAGUAUGGAACCGGGGUCCCCCUAUGUAACAAGCCCUAGAGAAAUCCCCCCAAAAUCCCGCUCACAGCGAAUCCCAUGUCCCAAGAUCUCUUCCUGUACGGACACUGCAAUGGACUCCUGUAAGCUACACCUGGACCCCAAAAUCUACUCCUCCUUUGUAAGGCUGGAGUUGAGCAGGAAUGACUUGACUAAACUAGAGACCGGCUUGUACAGAGCCAUCACCAGCACUGUAUCAUCCUCAGGGAAGCCCUCAUCCCCUAAGGAUGUCGCCUCAGGACUGAAAACAAGAUCUUCUGGUAUUGCUUCAGCAGAGUUGGUGUCAACUAUGAAUGAGGAUGAGAAUGCCUACCUCAAGACUGAGUCCUCCAUUCUGAAAACUAUCCCCCUCUCAGCCUCUGCAAAGUCCUCAUCCUCAUGGAAGGACAAGUCAUUUAGCAUGGAGACGGCAGACCUCAAAACCAGUCCCUUCUCAACCCUGGACCAACAUGGACAAGGAAAGGAGGGUGAAGAGAGGAAGGAAGGAGACCAGAAGGUCCGUAAGAGUUUAUCGUUCCUUGAGGAAGGAGAACAUAGAAGCAAAAAGAACAAUUCCCGUAAGAGUCUGGAGGGGGACCCUGUGGAUGUGGAGUUGAGCCUAGGCCUCGACCUGAGCCUGGGGCUAGAGUUGGCGCUAUCCCAGACCAGCAGCAGCAGUGACGAGGACCAGCUGCCGUCCCUGCAGCAGAUCCUGGACCGUACCGCCUGGCCUCCAGACACCCCAGAAAAAGGAACCAUCCCUGCACCCAGCAUCCCCAUUGGGCUCCUACACCACAGCCAACCACCAUCUUCAUCUAAAGCCACCAGUUACAGGAACAACCUGGAUGAGAUGCUGAAGGAAAAGGAGAGCAUUCAAAGGUCUAAGGAGAUGGAAGCCAAGCUGCAUCUCUCCUGUAAGGAGAAACUGCUGAGAUUGGCUGAGGAAGAGGAGGAGGAGAUCAUUGAGGAGGCUAUCUCGCAGCAGCAAAAGGAUUUCCUGCAGCGUUUCUCGGUGUUGUCUAGUGCCAUCCAGGACCUACACCCCGGGGAAGCGGUGUUCAACCUGGACAACUUUGGCCGUCUCUUCAGCCAACACACACUGCAGCUGAGACGCUGUAACGUCACCCCGUGUGACACCACACAGAAAACAAUCCUAUGCUCCUCUCCAGACCAGUUCAGGACCCAGGUCAGUUCCCAGCUGUUCCAGAGAGCUUACUGCUCCUCCCCCUGUCCUCCCCAGGUGACCCGCUGGCUCUUCCAGAUGAUGUCAGUCCACUCAGACAGGCUGACCUGUCAUCAGGUACUAAAGGCCCUUGGAGAUAUUGCCUGCUCUGCUGCUGAACACAUGGUACUGAAUAAGAGUGAGAGGUUUGAGGUGUGGGUGCCCAGUAUUGGAGACAUGACCCUGGUCUUCAUGAACAUGGGGGUUCCCUUUGUCACCCUUUUCCCCCUGGAGAACCUACAACCCCCCUUCACUGAGGGAGACUUGAUAGAGGGCCUCCAGAUCAGCAGCACAGAGAGCCUGUCCAGCAAGAAGGAGAUCAGAACUUUCCCUGAACACAACUUUGACAAUGUCGUCAAGUACAUGUGUCAUUGUACGUCGUUGUGCCCGCGGGUCUACAGUGACGGAGAACUGUUGUUACUCCUGACGGUGGUGAGCAGAGUGGGCCUGGACACGCAGCUCGCCCUCCAGCCCACUGAGCACCUCCGCUCCCUACUGCACAACCUGGUCAACAGCAUAAGGGACUUGGACAUCAUGCUACCCAGGAUCUGCAUGUCGCUGAUUGCCCUGACUGAGGACCAUCACAACCUGCGCUGGCUGGUUGAGCUCCUGCCAGACAGCAUGCGCGGCAAGCAACUCAGGAGACACCUCAGUGUGUCGGCGAUCUCCAAGCUGCUAAACAACAGAUGCACUUACAUUCCCUCCAACACAGAGUUCCAGCUGUCAGACCUGCGUCCCUACCUCUCCCAAAUGCGUCCCUCCUCACUCCUCCGGGGGCUGGCCACCUCCUGCUACAGGAGGAGUCACCACCCACACAGAGAGCGGGAGGAAGAGGAGGACUGUGCCUCCCUGGACCAGCAGGCCUACUACCUAUGCUACAGCCUCCUGGCCUUGGCCAACGAAGCCACCAACUUUGAGUUCUUCCCUUCGGAGCAAAAGAACCAGUUGUUGUUGCUAAGUGCUGAGCUGGAGAAACACAUUAAAAGUGACAUCAGGGAGAGUGAGAAGAUGCUUUACAGGAGCAGGGUGAAGGACCUUGUUGCCAGGAUCUACACCAAGUGGCACGUGCUGGUCCAGAGAACCAGGCCUCUCCAGGAUAAACUGUAUGACUUCUGGCAGCCUCCGCCUGAGGAUGCUGUGAGCAGCAGCCAGGAGAGCCAACACUCCCACAGGGAGAGCGAUGGGGAGGAAGAGAGAGAGGGGGACAGGGUCAUGGAGGUGGAAGGAGAAGAAGAUGAGGGGGACAAGGUGAUGGACAGAGAGGGACAAGACAAGGAGGAGAGGAUUGCAAUGAAGUCUUUGGCAAUGGAGGAUGAGAGCGAUGAGAAAGAAGACACCAGAUAAAGCACUUAGUCAUGGAGGAAGCUGAGGAAGAAAAGGACAUUCAGGGGGAGGAGGAAGAUACAUUCCUAAAGAUGGAGAUGGUGGAACUUACGCUAGAGGAUUCAGAUGAGGAACCAGAUAUGGAAGACAUGCUGGCAGAAAGGACAGAAGUAGAACUGAGGGUCACAGAAAAGAGGGAAGCAGCGGUGGAGGAGAGAAGGGAAGAACAGACUGAAGGGAGAGACUGAGGAGCGACU